GGCUGUCGUCAUUGCCUGUCCCUCCUUGUCGUCUGAGCUUUGCCGACCGGCCUCCCGCAAAAUGUAACAAAAUGCGAGGAGGAUUGUUUGCAGAAGAGAGCUGAGCACGUGGCCAUUGGUGAUCGACCGCUAGAAGGAUCUGAAGGGGUUUAUUUUGGGGGACAGAAAGUCAUUGGAAUGUUUUUGUGAAUAAAACCCCCCAACUAGGCCUCGGUUUGGGAGUUAAAUGCUAGAUGUUUAGAGUUGGGCGAGAGAUUCUUGAGGCGUAAAAGGACACAAAGGGACCAAGACUGUGAAAACGGCUUCCGCCAGAGCAUUGACUUUAGUCAAGAGCCCACAAAUGGCAGGGAAAGCAUACAUUUGUGCUUAUUGUGGGCAAACAUUUCAAGAGACGUCGGCCUUUAUGGCGCAUGAGAGGACUCAUAUAGGAGAGCAAAUAUAUAAGUGCUCGCAAUGUGGGAGAAGGUAUCCUUGUUAUUCUGAUUUCCUCAUACACCAGAAGAGGCGGCAAUGUACUUCUGAUGGUGGCAAAUGUGCCAGUCAGAAUGCCCGUCAGCCAUCACAUAAAGGAGCCCGUCUGGCAGAGAAGAGAGAAGCCUCUCUCCAUAGCCAAGUGACCCAAGGUAAACCUACAGAUUUGGAGGGGAAAGAAAUGGAGAAGCAGAACCCAGAAGGUCCUGGAACUGGCAAGACUGCAAGGAAGGGCAUCUAUCCCAUCUUUGCCAGGAGUGGCGUUGAAUUCUGGGAAAGAACUGUGCCAGAUAUCUAUGAUCAGCCCACUGCAUUCUCAGAUGUCCAUUGUGGAUGCUUCCGGCAGUUCCGCUACCAUGAGGCCGAUGGGCCCCGAGAAGUUUGCAGUCAGCUCCAUGGACUUUGCAACCAGUGGCUGAAGCCGGAGAGGCACACCAAGAAGCAGAUCCUGGACCUGGUGAUCCUGGAGCAGUUCCUGACUCUCCUGCCCCAGGAAAUGCAGUGCUGGGUCAGAGGAUGUGGGCCGGAGACCAGUUCCCAGGCGGUGGCCCUGGCCGAAGGCUUCCUCCUGAGUCAGGCAGAGGAGAAGAGGCAGGCAGAACAGAUGCAGCCACCAUUGGUGAAGAAAGAAACUAUGUUCCAUAAGGCGGAAGGAGAUUCCUUGGGGCAAGGGCAGGAUUGUGCCCAAGAUGCCCUCUCCUAUGGCAGUGAAGAGAUGGUGCUGAGACGCUGUCUUUUCAGAGAUGUGGAAACGGCUGCUGCACCCCCAGUCCAGGGUCCCUUUUCCUUUGAGGAGGUGUCCGUCUCUUUCACUGAAACAGAAUGGGCCCUGCUGGAUCCGGGACAAAGAGCUCUGUACAGGGAAGUCAUGCUGGAGAAUUAUGAGAAUGUGGCCUUUCUGGAAGCCAGAGGUAUAAGAGAGAGUACAGUGGAGACAGACAACAGCCUUGGAUCCGAAGGAAGGCUGGAGAAUUCCUCAGGGAGAUCCCGAGAGCAUCUUUGCUUCCCAGAUGAGUUGGCCGAGGAAGCCAGAAGUACAAGAGGGACUACAGUGGAGACAGACACUCGCUUUGCAUUCAAUGAAAGGUUGGGGAGUUCCUCAAGAGGAUCUCAAGAGCAUAUUUCCUUCCCCUAUAAGCUGGCAGAGACAGAGGAUGAUCAGAGGAAUGAGGAGAGUGAAAAACUUGAUCAGCAAAUGCCAGAUAGAGUGAAAAAUGACGACUUGAAAGAAAAUGUCCAGAAUCGAGGCAGGCCUAAGGGGAAAAUAGGCAGCCGUAUGAGUGAGAAGAGAAAUGGAAGACAGUGUAAUGUAAAUUCUCCAAAGAACAGGAUAAUGAAGGCAAGUAAAUCCAUUCAGUGUAGAAAGAACUUCAGAAAGAGAUCACAGCAUCUUGCGCACGAAAAAAUACACCGAGGUGGAAAACCUUUUGAAUGCUCAGAGUGUGGAAGAAGAUUCAGUCAUAGAGGCAAUCUUCAAACGCACCAAAGAACCCACACAGGGGAGAAACCUUUUCAGUGCUCAGCGUGUGGGAAGGGAUUCAGUCAGAAUGGCAGUCUUCAGUUGCACCAAAGAACCCACACAGGGGAGAAACCCUUUGAAUGCUCAGUUUGCAAAAAGAGGUUCAGUUAUAGUCACAGUUUUAAGUCACACCAAAGAACCCACACAGGGGAGAAACCGUUUGAAUGUUCAGGGUGUGGAAAGAGAUUCAGUUCAAAGAGGACUCUUCAAGUGCAUCAAAGAAUCCACACAGGGGAGAAACCUUUUGAAUGCUCAGAGUGUGGAAGGAAAUUUAGUCAGAGUAGCCAUCUUCAAGAGCAUCUGAAAACCCACACAAGGGAGAAACCUUUUGCAUGCUCAGAGUGUGGAAAGAGAUUCAGUGAUGGGGGGAGUCUUCAUCUGCAUCAAAGAACUCACACAGGGGAGAAACCUUUUGAAUGCUCAGAGUGUGGAAAGAGAUUCAGUAUUAGUAGCAAUCUUAUGUCACACAAAAGAACCCACACAGGAGAGAAACCUUUUGAAUGCUCAGAGUGUGGAAGGGGAUUCAGUCAGAGUGGAGGUCUUCGAAAUCAUCAGAGAACCCACACAAAGGAGAAACCUUUUGAAUGCUCCGAGUGCGGAAAGAGAUUCAGUCAGAGUAGCAUUCUUCAGACGCACCGAAGGACCCACACAGGGGAGAAACCUUUUGAAUGCUCAGAGUGUGGAAAAAAAUUCAGUCAGCGUGGCAGUCUUCACCUGCACCAAAGAACCCACACAGGGGAGAAACCUUUUGAAUGCUCAGUGUGUGGGAAAAGAUUCAGUGAGAAGGGGCAACUUCAACUGCACCACAGAACCCACACAGGGGAGAAGCCUUUUGAAUGUUCAGACUGUGGAAAGAGAUUCAGUACAAAUAGCAAGAUUCAACUGCACCAAAGAACCCACACAGGGGAGAAACCUUUUGAAUGCUCAGAGUGUGGAAAGAAAGUCAGGACAGCUGGCAGUCUUCAACAGCAUCAGAGAAUUCACACAGCAGAAAAACCCUUUGAGUGCUCAACCUGUGGAAAGAGAUUCAGUCAGAGUAGCACUCUUCAACGACAUCUAAGAACCCACACAGGGGAGAAACCUUUUGAAUGCUCAGAGUGUAGAAGGAAAUUCAGUAGGAGUAGCCAUCUUCAAGAGCAUCUGAAAAUCCACACAGGGGAGAAACCUUUUGCAUGCUUAGAGUGUGGAAAGAGAUUCAGUCGGAGUGGAGAGCUUCGAUAUCAUCAGAAAACCCACACAGGGGAGAAACCUUUUGAAUGUUCAGAGUGUGGAAAGGGAUUCAUUGUAAGUAGAAGUCUUAAACUGCAUCUAAGAACCCACACAGGGGAGAAACCUUUUGAAUGCUCAGAGUGUGGAAGGAAAUUCAGUAGGCGUAGCCAUCUUCAACAGCAUCUGAAAACCCACACAGGGGAGAAACCUUUUGCAUGUUCAGAGUGUGGAAAGAGAUUCAGUCAGAGUGGCAUUCUUCAACGGCACCAGAGAACCCACUAAUGGAAAAACCUCUUGAAUACUAAGAAUAGUAUUACUAUUGAAUACUAAGAAUACUAUUGAAUACUAAGAAUAGUAUACUGUACAGUUUUAAUGUUAAGUUUUUAAGGUUUUUAGAUUUUUUUAAAUGCUUUGACUUUUUAAAUGUAAUAAUUCUGCACUUUGUUUUAUUGUUUGCUGUGAGCCGCCCUGAGCCAUUUUAUGGGAAGGGCGGGAUAUAAGUUAUAGCAUAAAAUAAAUAAAUAAAUAAAUAUGGAAA